AAAACAACGCCGUCUUUAAAAUUAUUUAGACAACAGUUUACAACUUUUUUUUUAAAUGCAGUAUUGCGUUUUGAGAGCAUGAUUCGUGAAUGUUUCUGCUCAGAGAGAGAGACCGUUCGUCAGUUAACCGUUAGUAAAAAUGGCGCAGAGAUACUUGUCUAAAACGAAUAAAAAAAUAAGUUAUAAACUUCGGGAAGCUUCUUUCGACCUGCUUUCAGAUUUUCUUGUUAAUCUCAACAACAGAAACAAAGAAAAUCUUCAGAGUUUAUCCGAAUUUAGCGGAACAUUCAAGAAAACGAAACUAAUGGAGUUCAUCUUCCUGAUAACGGCAGAGCUGAGACUUGAUCCACUGGCUGGAUACCAUGCAGCUGAAUUACUUCAAAGGUUCAUGGUUAAGCACCUUACAGAUUUGUUCAUCACACCCACACCUCAAGGUGCAGCCACUGAUCCACCAAAAAGUUAUGAAGGUGCUGUCUUUGGCAUGCUCAAGGAGAAAUUCCCUCUCAUCAUCUUCUCUUGUCUGCAACUAGCAAGUAAAAUGUCUUUGCACAGUCAUAUGAUCAACAACAGUAUUGCAGUGCAUUUUCUGCAUUCAGCUGGCUUCAGUGUUUCAAAGAAAGAUGUCUUGGAGUCAGAGCUAAUGGUCUUGAAAGGGCUUGAUUUCAGACUUGAUGCUCAAAAUCCACUGACAUACGUGGAAAUCCUUCUUGAAGUGCUUGGACACAAUGAGCCAUCCAUCCCAGUGGAUCGCCUGCAUCCCCUGUGCCUUCACGUUCUCCAGUUUGUCAGCCUACAGAGGACUGCCAUUUAUGGCUCCCUGUUAGCGGCUACCGUUCAGUGGGGGAGCCCAUCCACGGAACAAAGAGAGAAGUUUGUGACAGUGACUGAAGACUGCAUGCUUCUUGGUGUAAAUGUCAUCGCCGUGGCUACAUUCAUCGUCAUUUUUGAGGAGUGGGAACAGGUGCUGAAAGAACUGAGUCACAUCACAGGAAUCACACAGAAGAGCAUCAGGGAUUUUGCUUGUGUUACACUGAAGCAUAUUAUUGGAACCAAGUCUUCUGCAGUAUUUACUUAACAACCCUUAGCACUGCUGUAUUAUCCCAUGUUUAUUACUAACAUGGUUUUGUAGUUGCUGCAGAGCUUGUACUAUACAUCAAAGAUAGGAUUAAAACAGGCAGCAUGACUCUUUAUUGUUGACUAGCCUUUCAGUGUCACCAAAGUUCAUUGUUAAAUUUACAUCCAGAUAUUCUUGCUCAACAGAAACCCUUGUUUUUUACGCACACCUUCACUUCCUCUCCUUUCUCCUUUCUUUGAAGCUCAGGGAGAUUGUGGUGUGUCUGCUGGCUCCAAAGUCUCUGUUUACUUCAUGAGGCUGCCUUUUUUUCUGCUCCAGUAGAGAAGUGAGACUCCAUAUAUCAGUGCAAACAGAUGCUCCACCUGAAAUUGAAGUACUUAUUUGUUAACCGAAACACUGCAGGCCAUGUAAGCUUUGACUGUUACGUGAGAGGUUUGCAGAGGCUGAGCUUGACGGAGAAAACGUCCUUGGUAAAGCGAUCAAAUCACUCACCCUUUGUGUAUCCUGCCAGGAGGCUAAUGAGUCAUCAUCUUCCUCCUCCUCUUCAGAUUCACUGGACAGUAAAUGAAAUGUGGAGAGAUGUUGGACAGUGGUAGCACCUCUCAGGAAGUUGUUUCUGAGUCUCUACACAGGGGGACGCUCAGUCUGUGAUCUUCCUUUUGUUUGUUUUGUUGAAAAGGUGUUUCAUCUUGUUCUUGCUCUUCAGGAUGUCUUGGCUUUGUGUUUGUUUGCUCUCUCCCCUAUGGGUGGAUCCAUCUAAUACUCUCACAUGCUCUGACCUGAGCUUCUUGUGGUACUUUGCAGGGUGUGCUAUCUUGCCUUGGGUUAGGAAAUGCAAAAAGCUGCAGUCUGAAAGAAACCAUUUUUUUUGCAAACUAUAGGCUUGCAAAAAGGGUAUAAAGUUGCAGAAAAUGUUAUGAAAUCUUGGCACAUACAAAGUUUCACAAAACACCAGUUGGUAGGAAAACAGCUUGUUGCAUUCUGAUCAAACUCUCCUUGCAAAACCUAGAAAUCAUAGAUCUGGAUGCUAGGGUGGACUUCUCUCUGUGGGGAAUCUUUGAAGUCCUUUCUGAACCAGGAGUUAGGCAGUGGGUAGCACUAGACAUAGCUAGAAAUAGGGCUGGGUGAUAUGAACCAAAAAUCGUGUCUUAAUGCUUUUUAGCUGGAUGGUGAUGCACAGUAUUUAUCCUAGUGCUUUUUUCUGUAAGGAAACAAAGGUUGGGGUACAGAUGGCCUAGCAGUAAGGGUCAGCCCCAUAUAUGGAGGUGGCUCUGCUUUAAGUCCAGCUUGUGGUUUCUUUCCCAUGUCAUUCCCUACUCUCUUAUGCCUGUUUCUGACUCUAUCCACUUUCCCAGCUCUAUGAAUAUAGGCAUAAAGGCAAAAAAAGAAUCUUAGGGAAAUGGAAAAAAUAACAAGAAGUUUUCACAAUACCAGAAUUAUAAACUGGGAUUUGAUUCUUGUAGA